GCACAGAAAAGCAUCUCAAGUGCGAUUACAUAUCCUCGGUCUGCACGAGAUGUGAAAAGAAUGGCGAACGAUGCAUCCGAACAGCCAGCCGAAUCCAAUUCAAGCAGCACGGCUCCAGUGCACGAUAUGACACGAAAAGCUUCCCCGCCAGCCAAACCUGGCUGAAGAACAAAUCAUUCGCGAAAUUGAGAUACAUCGACGAAACUGCAGAGUUGACAGCCAUUUAUGAACAAGACGGACAUAAAGCUGAUCUGGACGAAGAGCAUCACCAACAGCAACAUCAAGAGUGGACUUCGCCGCCAGGUCCAACAAUCGAGCAUCAGCCGGGAACUGAAUUCGUCGAUGUUUCUGGCUCUGACGGUGCACAAGAGGAGUUUCAGGCUCAGUCUACAUCUGAAUAUGGUGUUCAGCAGGCAGACUUUCCAGUUGAGCCCACAACGGAUCCUGGAGAUCAACGGGACGACCGGGCUCCUGUUGACUUCCAUCAUGUCACGGCGGCCUCUUUUGACACCACUGAAGCGCUCUCCAUGCGCAGCGCUAGUCUUGGAGGCAUGCCGCAAAAAGAAAGUAUUUUAUGGCAAUCAUCCUUGGAGAAUCGCAACGUCUUUGCACAAACACCUCAGUCCCAAGGCGGUCUCUCCUGGGGCGGUCAGAUUGUCCCGUCUCCGAACGCAGCCCGCACCACUGGGAACUCCUUCGUCGGCACCCUCGUCAAGCCUCCAACCAACCCUACCUUCCAAUCUACGGACUCCAGACUCGAGGUGGUGCUGUUGAGAUACUUCAUCGAUGUACUAGCACGCUGGUUUGAUAUUUGUGAUCCUGAGAGGCACUUUGCCGGCAUUGUACCCCAUCGAGCACGCUGGUGUCCGCCUCUGAAGAACGCCGUUCUCGCAGCCUCGGCGCGGCACUUGACUCGUGUGCAAGAGUCCGGAGCAGGCCAUGUCUACUAUUACGAUGGGGAGAUAGUCCCGGACCUCAACGAUGAGACUGCGCUGCACUACCACAACGAGUGCAUCAGGGACUUGCUCACACGCAGCAUGGAUCCGGAGCAGACGCGCGAUGCAAGCCUACUGGCUGCAGCGAUAGUGUUGCGUUUCUACGAAGAGAUCGAUGCCCCCCUGCGAGAGGAGGAGCGUGACAGUGAGCUCUUCCUACGCGUCAUGAACGUCUUCAUUGACGCCCAAAUACCCUCCGUGCCACUCGUCCCGCACAGCUCCCCGGUGAUCACGGGGCCCAAGGUAGGACCGGCAGACCAGCACCAGGAAAAGGUGCCGGUGCCAUCCCCCGAGGCGAUACAAUCACCCACAGCAUCGUCGGCUCCUGGAGUGGUGUCUCAAAGACCCCGUUCGGGAUGGCCCGCGGAAGGGCUAUGCCAGGCUGCGUUCUGGGUGGCCUUCCGGCAGGAGAUACACAGCGCUUUCCUGAAACAGCGAGCAGUCAACCUGGCGCUGUCACGUUGUGAGGCUUUCCGGAGCUUCUCGCCCGCAGAAGAUGCCGUCUGGGCCGACCGCCUCAUCAUCUUCUGCGCGGACGUGCUCGAAUUCUGCUACGGGAACACCACCAACGCCCCGUCGCGGCAGCAGCACGACUCGUCAUCCGCCACCACGCCCAAGGACCGAUGGCUCGGCCUGAAGCAGUACGAACGGAUGUGGAGCGAGGUCCUGCCGGCCAGCUUCGAGCCCAUCUACUUCCGCGAUCCAGACCGUGCCAAGGGCGAGGUGUUCCCCCAGAUCUGCUACAUGGCCGACUGCCACGUCGCCGGCGUGCAGCACGUGGAGCUUGCCCGCAUCCUGCUCGCCGUCUACGACCCGACCGCGCCUAAACUGGGACCCGGGUAUCUCGCCAGCGUGCGCAAACUGAGCAUGGAGCUCAAGGGCGCCGUGCUCCGCCUGUGUGGCAUCGCCAUGAGCAAUCGUAAGUGUCCGCCUGCAAUGGUCACUGCGUUUCUGGGCAUCGCCAUGUGUGGAGACCAUUUCGAGGAUCCGCUCGAGCAGCAGGCUUUGCUUGGGAUGCUGGACGAGAUGGAGGCCAGGAAUGCCUGGCCUGCAGGGAAUGUCAGGCAAACAUUGAGGGAGGCUUGGGGACAAGUAUCUUGAAAAGUCGGACCGGACAUGCGAAGAAUGAGAAUGGCCAUGUCCCUGUACAGAUUAUAUCUUGGUAUGUGAA